AUGACUGUUCGUUCUGGUGCCAACAGCUCCAGUACUGGUGGCACCAGCAGAAGCAAUAGUCUCUUGAAGCUCUCUGCAAAUGACGUCCUCAAUGGGCUCAUCGCCACCACGUCCGCCGCCAAGGAGGUCGCGGACCUGUGCCAAUUCACGCCAGUGAAGGCAGCCGCGUCGCUGCUUCUCCUCAUAUUCGAGACGAUCAAGGCAAGUCGCACGCAACAGGAGGACUGCCUCCGACUAGCACGCCGCUGCCUGUCCCUCCUCGUCGACAUCCGCGACCACCUGCCCGAAGAAGGCGAUCUCGCGCCCGCGUCCCUGCUCAAGGCGCUGUCCAAGUUCGAGCGCACGCUCGACUCGAUAUACACCUUCGUCCGACAGGCAGCGGAGCAGAACUGGCGGUCGCGCCUCAUGCGGAAGAGCAGCAUCGAGAACGCACUCGCCGAGUACAACGCCGCGCUCGACGACGCCGCUCGAUCGUUCCAGAUCGCGACACUCAUCAACAUACACCUCGCCGUCGGCGAGCGGAACCAGAUCGUCGCGCGCCGAGCGUCCACACUCCCGCCGUAUACCGUGGACGCGGAUACUUCAGAAAAGUCGGUCAUGCAGAUCACGACCAACCGGGAGCUCGUGACUUCUCCCACAUCUCAUACAGUGCGUCAAAUAUCGUCACCACAGUCGAGUGUUUCUGUGCCAACAAGAGAGCCAUCCAUAGAUUUGAUCGACCUGUCAAGUCCCAAAGACAGCGAAUAUUUCUUGAACGUCAUACCAUCUUCAAAUCAAACCAUAGACUUCUUUGACGACCCCGAGGUAGAAGAACCCGUGAUACUCGACCAUCAUGGUUUCUCGAGAUACCAUCAGUCACAGUUUCGUCUCAAGGGAAAAUCCCGCACCAUCAAAGAUGGGUGGUGGGCCGGAGCUAUGGAAGGAGAGAUCGGAGGCCAAAAAGCCCUCAUGCUCAGAUACGAAGGCGGGACGAAAUCCGCCGCCAAGAAGUGGGUUCGCGAUGUGAAGCUCCUGCAGAACGUCUACCACCCGAACCUGCCACAGAUGAUCGGGUAUUCUGAUGACGAAACACCGACACCGUUUAUUUUGUUGGCGAACGUGCAAACACGUCUACCCCAAGCUCUGCUUUUAGAUUCUCUGAGACGAGCCACGUUGACUGGCUGUGCACAACUUCUGCUACGACUUUACCGCGAUACGCUGGAUGCAGCACUAUACCUACAGCAACAGUUGCAGCUGUCCGAUGCGAAGCUGCAAGACUACAUUGAGGCACGUAUCUCGCCUUAUGCGAACUUCCGAAUCGACAUGGACGAGACUGUCGUCAUGGGGUUACCUCCUCCAGAGGUCGACCAAAUUGUCUCAUGGAGAAACUUUGGCGUGGCAUACUCAGUGCGAGAUGUCUACCUCAAAAUCCUGCCCAAUCGAGGACUCAUGGCCAAAGCGCCGUCCAGCAGCAAGACCCAAGAUAUCCCCUCCGAGAUUCAACACAAGCUCAACCACCUCACGAUCCUCGCGCGGGCUCUUCUUCCCGACUCCGGGGAUACCGUUGCCGUACAAGAGCGCCUGCACAGAAUCUUAGGUUCGGCGGACUGUGAGGACGAAGACGAAGACGCGUUCGAGAUCCUGCACACCCCCACUCUGACGCUCAGGCGGAUCCGUGAAGCCGCCAUCUCUGCGGGCGGCCACAAGCAGGUCUGGUCCGAAAGCAACGGGAUCGCGCCGCAUCGGUUCGCCGUCGGCGACUACGGGUACUUCCCGAAGUCGAACGUCGUCGAACAAGAUUGGUCCGAGUUCGUCGUGCUGGGAAACGUGCAGGACGAAGGCCUGGUCCGCUUCGAGACCACACACGUGUCGGACGGGAAGCAAGGGGCAUGGCACGACGGCUGUCACAAGUGGGACGACGUGCAGUCCUUCGAGCUUCCGGAUGGGGUACAUGGAUGGACCGUCGUCGUUCUUCCGGAAGCGGAGCUCAGCAUGCACGUUGUUCAUACCACCGAAGUGGUCCGCGCGGAGGACGCUUGGAGCUUUCUAUUGAUACACGGAAGUGCGCUGGGGAGGAAGCACAACGUCGCGCCCGAGGAGUUGAUCCUGAUCACCCGCACAGGCUCAGACCAGCAGUUGCGCGUGCGCGACAUCCGGCGAGUCCAGUACUGGCCUUCUUCCCACAAUCCACCACGCACAGGCUCUUUUGGCCACCAGAGCUACUCGCCGUUCGCAAAGGAGGGGAAGCAGGUUGUUCCAGGGCAAGAUCUCGCGCCGAAAGUGUUCUACCUCUUUACGUCCGGCCAGAAGGGGCACGAGCCGUUCUUCACGCAGACCCCGAUACCCAAGCCGCCGCCUCCGGGCGAGAAGCACCCUGACCUCGACCCGGGCAGCGCGCGGUGUUUCGCCAGUCUGGACACCGCGUACGGGUUCUUGAAUUAUGUGCAGCUGCAUCCCGAGGACUUUUUGAACUAG